AUGAGCGAGUGGAACAAGAAUUCUGGAUACGCAACAUGGGAAGAGCGCGAUUUCAGUAAGUGGGGGCGUGACAGGUUCAAAGAUCUCUUCCAAGAUGAGAAUGGAUGGAAAGAACUCAACUAUAAAGGAACAGUCAAAGUCCCCAAAGUCGAUGGUGAUUUCUUCUUGCUCUUCUCCCAUGGGAAAGUUAAAAACAUCAUCCACCUCGAUGAAACUAAAAUCAUCUUUGCUUCGACAGAGAAGGACAACGCGUCGGGGUCAGUCACUAUUGAAGUGGACGAUGACAUCGAAUUCAAAUUUGUCUAUAAGACGAGACCAGACAAUUAUAAGGACUUCGAAAAGACAUUCAAGAAGUAUAUUGAGGAUAACAUUGCGAAAAUCAGAAAGGAAUUGGCGGAGAAAGUCGAGUAA